AUGCGUUCAUUCUCCUUCAGCAGCAUUCGCGGUUCACUCCGACGAUCCUCUUCUCCCUCCGGUAGUUCCAUAAACUCCAACUCCACCGGUCGAGAAUCCUACACCUCCUCAUCAUCAUCUAGUCCUAUAAACACCAUCAACGACAUCAUGCAUCGACAACCAUCAAUGGUCGAUCUAGAAGAAGAAAAGAGGAGUUUUGGCAGUGGACUUGAGAUUCUAGAACCGAGACCUAUUGUUUAUUGGGGAGGUAUGGAAGAGAGAUUGGGGAGAUUUUAA